GUUUUUUCCUCUGUUUUCGCGAUGUUCACUAUCAGCGAGUCAAGUCCCCCAGGAGCUUUUCUGCUCAGUUGGCAGAAACUUUAAAACGUAAUAGCGAACACCAGUCGUGAACCAGGCAACCGCCAGGCAAACUUUGCGACGGGGCACUACAUUCUCCUGAACAUGGCCGCGCAAUGUUAUCUGUUUACAGGAUGCAACGCGCCGUACUGUAAAAGGCUAAAGUGUCGCGGCUGAGACAGGGGAGUCACCGAAGGGGAAACUUUUUGCAACAAAUUAACUCAUUUGCACCACGAAGAAAUAAACAAUCAGCUCCCAGUUUGGCUCUUGUCGCCUUUUCGCUGCAUCCAGAAGCGGGGCAAAGGGAUUGCAUGCGAUUGCAAGAGGCAGGCAAUGUUCGCUCUUCAAUGUGAACUAAAUGCCAAGCAACAUCCUCAAUUUACUGGAGGACAUCCAUCUAUUUUUCAUCAUUUUUGCCAACAGAGUGAGCAUGAAAGGCACUCCAGUUAGUAUGUUGGAAUUUUGCUUUCAAUGGACUGCCUUACGAUAUGCCACAGAGAUUUUAAUCAAGAUGUGAUGCAUCAAUCCAGAUUCUACUUGAAUAAUGACAAGACUCAGAUGUGAAAUGAGAGUUUGACAGUUUGAAAUCCGCUAUUUUUUAAAAGAAAAUAUAUUUCUCAGGGAACUUGAGGAUUACAAGCCUUUUUUUUCCGAAUCUUGCAAGGAAUUUGGCAAUCUGUUUGUGAUCUCACCAUUGAAUUGCCUUAUGAACAAAUGAUGGGAGACCAACCCCCCUUCAAGUCGAAUAACACCGUCGACAACACAGAAAAUAGGUACUAUUCUCAACAGUCACAAUCCAGUCCGUUGAGUGGGAAUAUGAAUCAUAGCUAUGGAUCUACAGGCAUGGACACAUCUCAGUCUUCUCCAGCUUCACCUUGUUUUCCUUCAGAUUCAAGGGAAGCUGCAGUAGCAGGGACCAUGUCACCAGUUACCAAGAGCCUUAUGAUAGAACCACGAAGACCAAGUAAUUGGCCUCAUGCCAGUGCUGGCAAUCACAUUCAAAUGCAAAAUGACCUUAGUAAUUCCUCAUUGAUGUGGACCUCUGCCGCACAGGGCAGUACACCUGAUGGGUAUUCAUAUGCAUUUCCUUCUCCAGCAAACGACACAUCCUCACAGAAACUGACGAGUGACGUAUUGCACAAGUUAGACUCCUUCACACAGGUUUUUACAAAUCGCAACCUCAGGUUGCAGCAGGCGAACACCGUUGCCUCAAGCCUGCCUAGUCAGUCUGUGGGAGUUGAGAGUGUUCGGGACAGUGCCCUCCGACAACUGUUGUCACAGAAAGUUCCAGAUGAGCCACAGGCUGCCAUACAUUCAUUGCAGAGAUUUCAGCAUGCCCCAACGCAGCAAAUGCAUCAUACCUAUCCGAUAGUGCAGUCAAAGCAACAGUUACAAGCCAUCCAACAUCAUCAGCAGCAGCAGCAGCAGCAGCAGCAGCAACAACAACAGAUGUAUUACGAGUUGCAGCAGUUGGCCCAAAUGCAGUCACAAUCGCAGCCGAUGUUACAGCACACACAGCCGCAUGUUCAGCAGCUGCAAGCUCAGCAGGUGUUGUCUCAACCAAUUCAGCAGCUACCGCAGCAACAAUAUUUUGUGCGUCAGCAGCAGUCCCAGCCGCAUGUGUCAGUGGCAGACAUGCAGCAGCAGCAGCAGCAGCAGCAACAGCAGCAGCAACAGUGCCACAUGCAUUCAAUGCAGUUCUAUCAGCCACAGCAGAUCCUGUGCCAGUUACAGCAACCUGUGCAGCAACAGAUGCAACCUCCGCCACCUUAUCACAGAGACCAAAAUCAUAAGCCAAUGCAGCAGUCCCAGUACUCCCAAGAACAAACCAACCCUUCUCAACACAUUCAGAUAGCUGCACCCUCUCAGUAUUUCUAUCAGGACCAGCCGCACUAUCGGCACAUGUACCAGCAAAAUCCGUUGCACCAUCUGCAAGAGGAAACUAUGCAGCAGAAACAACUCCAUGUUGAAAAUCGGAUACAGACUUCCCUUGGCCUCCACAAGAGCACAUCUUCCUCAGUGGUCACAGAUGAGACGACAAGGAAGGAACUUAGUCAGAUGGGUCAUCCAGGAGUUCCUAUGGUACCCCAAAGACAUCUUGUAGCACCACCCACUGUUUGUCAUGCACCCAUCAAGGUAUCUCAACAACAAUCUCACAAUCAUACAUGGCCUCAGAUAUCUCUGACAGACAUCAAGCAAGAGGACUUGUCCAUUGAACACAGUGGCCAGAGCAGAGUUCCUUUCCAAGAAAAGAUAGAUGUGAAAAGCAGGCUGAUAUGUACAAUAUGCCUCAAGGAAUUCAAGAGCCUACCUGCCCUGAAUGGUCAUAUGAGAUCUCAUGGUGGUCAAAAGACAUCUCCUAAACAGGACCCCUGUAUAUCUGAGGCUGAAAGCCUUUGGUUGUCUGUACAGGAUGAAGGAGAGAAGCAGCCUAAAGAGGUGGAUCACCUCAUGCCCAUCAUCAUGCCUGUCUCUGUGCCUGUAAAGCCUCUGCCUGCUGAGCCCAGCAAGCAGACCACCAUUGCCAAGGACAAGCCUACCAACUCUGUGUCAGAUGAUGAGAUGCCAGUCCUCAUGAAGAUGACUGAUUCUCCACCACAAGCUCCCACAGUGGCCCAACCCUGCUCAUCCUCUGAGGUCGUUCGAAAGUGUCAACCCUUCAACCCACAAACAGAAAAUAACUUGAGAUCGCGGCAAGACAAGAAGAAGUAUCGACAUAGGCCGGAGCCUCUCUACAUCCCUCCACCUUUGGGAAACCUUUCUGCUUCGUAUCCUGGAGCUACACUGUACCAAAGUCAACUCCGCUCACCAAGAAUCAUGGCCGAUCACCUGCUGGACAGAACCCAAGAGAUCCCUCCCUACACUCCACCUCCAAUGUUAAGUCCAGUGAGACAGGGCUCUGGCCUUUUCAGCAGCGUUAUUUCUUUGCACAUUGGCAAUUAUACAACACUGCCAAUCACUCCUUUAACACCACGUAUCCUGCUUGGUCGAACUAAGAGCAUUGAUGCCAUGACAAUAACCGCUGGACUUGGCGAGCACACUAUUGACAUUGAACCGCGAAUCAACAUGGGAAUGAGGUUUCAAGCCAUGAUCCCAGCUUUACAAGACAGGUCACUAGCUGAAAAAGAUGUCCCUAAAGCAGACUUGGUGUGGAAGCCUUGGUGUGAGUUGGAAAACCCAGAAGAACAACAAAAAGUGGAAGAUAUGUUGAACAUGGCUUGCUCUAGUGUGCUGCCAGGUGGUGGGACAAAUCGAGAACUUGCCUUACAUUGUCUUUUUGAGGCGGGCGGGGACAUUUUGAUGGCUGUGGAGAUUUUGCUGAUGAAGCUACCCAAUAAAGCCAAGCCUCAUCCAUUAGCAGACUAUCACUAUGCUGGCUCUGACAAAUGGACAACAAUGGACAGGAAAAUGUUCAACAAAGCUCUGAAAUUACAUAACAAGGACUUCUUCCUGGUUCAGAAAAUGGUAAAAUCAAAGACAGUGGCACAGUGUGUGGAAUACUACUACACUUGGAAAAAGGUCUUGCGAUUAGGUCGAAAGCACCGAACACGCCUUGCAGAAAUGGAAGCGGAGGUGAUGUUUAGUGGUGAAGAUGAAGAAUUGGAGGACGAGGAUGAUUAUGAUAGAAAAUCAGAUCGAGAUGAGGAGAAAACAGAAGUACCGAAGUCCCCAUUACAGCUUGUGUUGGUUCCCGUGGAGCAGCCAGUCAUUCAAGGGCACACGUUUAUGUGUGAAAUGCCAAAUUGUGGUGCAAUAUUCAGCUCCAGACAAGCAUUAAAUGGCCAUGCACGGAUUCACGGUGGUUCUAACCAGGUCCCAAAGCAAGCGUCUGCAGCUAAACUUAAAACUGGAGGACCCCAGCCAGGCUAUGCAUCUGUCAAAAAUUCUCCUGCACAUAGCACAAGUAGUGAAACAGAUGCUGCUACAAUAUUCCCUUGCAAGGAAUGUGGAAAGAUGUUCUACAAGAUCAAAAGUAGAAAUGCUCACAUGAAAACCCAUAAACAACAGGAGGAUCAGCAGCGGCAGAAGACACAAAAAGCCCUUGGAGCUGUUGAAGUAGCAACAAUAACCAGGCCUGCUUCACCUAUGCUACUUCACCCAGAUCACAUGAGUAUGGUAAAGCGACAAUUGGAAGUAGAGGAUCAUGACAUCAUUCAGGACUUGGAAGAUGUCAUGGAUGAAUCGAAUAUCAUAGAUGGAGAAUUUCUCCAGGAUGAUGAAUUGUAAAUGUCUUUAAAGCAACUUUCAAAAUAACGCGGAAUAACUUUCACAUAGAAUAACUUGGACAAAACUGCUUUUUGUGUUUUUAAGUCAUCAGGAAGUGCUUAGGCUGGUUCAAAUGCAGUAUGCAGAAGAAUCCCAAGAGAGUUGCACAUGGAUGGAAAUGCUCGAUCCGCUUUUUGCCAUUUAUACCUUUACAUAGGCUAAACACAGCCUCAUGGACUAUUAUUUUCCCUUCCAGCUGCUUGUUUAAAGUUACUUCGAAGCAUUGAAGCCAAACGGGUUUUUUGCUAAAAAGGUUUUUUGUCGAGUGAAAGUUUCAGAAAUUAUAUUGUCUACUUUUCUAUAAAACAAAACAAAAAAAGCUGUAAAUAAGGUUCAAAAUUAUAUAUAUUUUAAAUUGUUAAAUCUGAUUUGUUUACGCAUUUAUUUAACUGCUGUUCCUUGGUGUUAUCUAGCAGGUAUGGUGUAAAUACUUUAUAUCCCAAAAUUCUAUUGCAAAAGCAAACUAUUUUUGAAAGUAAAAGUGUCAAAGUGAGUGAGAGAAUGCAGAUCUUUCAUUCGGGUUGUUUUCUUUUAUUACAAUGAUGUACAGACUUAUUAAAGCUUUAUUUUAUUAAUUUGGGGGUACAGAUUGUGGUCAGAUUGCAUGCCUUUUACUCCAUAAUGUAAUUUAUUUUUGUUAUAUUUGCACUGUAAAUGUUUUUUCAAGUAUGUGAGGAGAACCUUCCAUACAAUUUGUAGUCACUAGAGCCAGGAUGUUUCGGCACUAAAAAACUCUGAAAUAGGCAGGCAAAAAGGCAUAAUAAAAUUACAAAAAAGGCUUGAAAAGGCAUUUAUUGACC